CCGAAGCGGAGCGAGCGCCUGCGGCCGGUGAGCGCGCGGGGCCGGGGCGCCUGCCUCAGUUUCCCCGCGCGGGGGCUUGCAGAGGAGACGCGUCCCCCGGGGCUGGGGGCGCCGGGAGCACCUGCUCCGGCCUCGGCCUCGGCCUCGGCCGCGCCGCUGCCCUGCGGGACCUGCGGGUGGGCGGCCCCGGCCCCGGCCCCGGCCCCGGCCCCGGCCCCGCGCGAGAGGCGUGUGCGGCUGCACCGUGUGCCGGCUGUUGACACAUGUGGACCAACACUGACGUCCUAUUUCAGCAAUGUUGCUUUGACUCCCUCCUGUUUUCAGAAGCAUCGAGAGAGAUUUCAUACCUAAGGAGUCUUCGAUGUAUUCACUUACUGUUAUUUAAGGAGCCUCUACUAGGUGUUUCUGGGUUACUUUUCUGAACAAACAGAAAGACGUGGUAUUCAAGAUGCUUAUAAAAGAAUAUCGUAUUCCUCUUCCUAUGAGUGUGGAAGAAUAUCGGAUUGCCCAGCUGUACAUGAUACAGAAAAAAAGCAGAGAGGAGACAAGUGGAGAAGGCAGUGGAGUGGAGAUCCUGGAGAACAGACCGUAUAUGGAUGGUCCAGGUGGCAAUGGGCAGUAUACACAUAAAGUAUAUCAUAUUGGUAUGCACAUACCCAGUUGGUUCCGGUCUAUCCUGCCAAAGGCAGCAUUAAGAGUUGAAGAGGAGUCCUGGAAUGCAUAUCCUUACACAAGGACAAGGUACACGUGUCCUUUUGUGGAGAAGUUCUCUAUUGAUAUUGAAACGUACUACAAAGCUGAUCCAGGAGAGCUUUUCAAUGUGUUCAACCUUUCUCCUGCAGAAAAAAGACAGACAACUCUUGAUCCUAUUGAUAUUGUUAAAGACUCUAUCCCUCUACAUGAAUACAAGGCGGAAGAGGAUCCCAAGCUUUAUAAAUCUCUGAAGACAAGAAGAGGGCCACUCUCAGAAGACUGGAUUGAGGAGUACACGAACAACCCUGGGAAAUAUCCGAUCAUGUGUGCAUAUAAACUCUGUAAAGUAGAGUUCCGAUACUGGGGAAUGCAGUCCAAAAUCGAGAGGUUCAUCCAUGACGUUGGCCUGCGGAAGGUGAUGGUCCGGGCACAUCGGCAGGCGUGGUGCUGGCAGGAUGAGUGGUACGGGCUCACCAUCGAGGACAUCCGACAGCUUGAGAAGGAGGCGCAGCUGAUGCUGGCUCAGAAGAUGGCCCAGUUCUGCUUCAACGAAAAUGAGACGGAGCAGCACAGCAACAAGGACUCUCCAGGCGAGAAGGAUGCUGAAGCCAAGGCCCUUUCCUCUGCUGAUGCAGAGCAUGCCACGGAUAACAGUGAAGCUGGGUCAGGGAGAGGGCUAACUAAGCAGUGGUCCACGUCUUCCAAGUCCUCACGGUCUUCAAAAAGAGGAGCAAGCCCCUCACGCCAUAGUAUCUCCGAGUGGAGGAUGCAGAGCAUUGCCAGAGAUUCCGACGAUAGCUCAGAUGAUGAAUUCUUUGAUGCACAUGAGGAUUUGUCUGACAAUGAAGAACUGUUCCCAAAAGAAAUAACCAAAUGGAGUUCCAAUGAUCUGAUGGAUAAAAUUGAAACUCCUGAGUGCGAUGAUGUCCAGGAUGACUUGUAUCACGAACCGUCAGCAGAAUACCAUAUUGGCUCCAGCGUGGAAAGGCUGAGCAUAAUUGAAGAUGAAUCUGCACAGCCAUUAAUGCAGCCAAGCAAAAUCCAUGUCCUCAUCUUGGUACUCCAUGGGGGGAACAUCCUGGAUACAGGAAGCGGCGAUCAGAGUUCUAAACAAGGGGACGUCAAUACCAUCACGACAGUGUUUGACACGGUCAUGAGAGUGCAUUACCCAGCUGCUCUUGGACAUAUUGCUAUCAAGCUAGUCCCUUGCCCAGCCAUCUGCUCGGAAGCCUUUUCACUGGUGUCUAACCUCAGCCCUUACAGCUAUGAUGAAGGCUGCCUUUCCAACAGUCAGGAUCACAUUCCUCUCGCUGCCCUUCCUCUGCUAGCCACAUCAUCCCCCCAGUAUCAGGAGGCGGUAGCCACAGUGAUUCUGAGAGCCAAUCAAGCUUACAGUGACUUCAUCAAAUCACAGGAAGGCACAUCAUUCACUGGCCAGGUCUGCUUGGUAGGGGACUGUGUAGGAGGAAUCCUGGGGUUCGAUGCCUUAUGUUACAGCAAUCAGACUGUGUCUGAGAGCCAAAACAGCAGCCGGCGAGGAAGCGUGGUGAGCGUGCAGGACACCGACCUCUUGUCCCCUGGAAUAGCUGUGAACAACAGUUACUGUUCCACCAGCUCCAAUCUGGAAGCCAGCAGACACCUCAGCCGGAGCAACAUUGAUAUUCCUCGCAGCAAUGGAGAGGAUCCAAAGCGGCAACUGCCACGAAAAAGGAGCGAUUCGUCAACCUAUGAACUAGACACAAUAAAGCAGCAUCAGGCAUUCCUAUCAAGUUUACAUUCUAGUGUGCUGAGAAACGACCCGGGGUCCAGGAGAUCUAGCAGCUCCACAAUGCUGGAUGGAGGAAACCUUGGGAAGUUUGAAUUUGAGAUCACUGAUUUUUUCCUGUUUGGGUCUCCCUUGGGCUUGGUCCUUGCUCUGAGGAAAACAGUCAUUCCAGCUCUUGACAUCUUUCAGCUCAGACCAGCCUGUCAGCAGGUCUAUAACCUGUUCCAUCCUGCAGACCCCUCUGCCUCUCGCUUAGAGCCGCUCUUGGAAAAGAAAUUCUACCUGUUGCCCCCCUUCAAUAUUCCACGCUACCAGAGGUUCCCGUUGGGCGAUGGCAAUUCUGCUCUUUUGGUUGAGACAGUCCAGAACAGCCCCAUCCUCCUCAUGGAAAGCAGCCCAUUGGUUGCUCUCCAGCGCCAGGACAACUUCAUGGAAACCAGUAUCCCUGUUCCUGUUCUGAAUUGGCAAGAUGUUUCCAAUAAAAAUGCUGUUUUUGCUGAGUCAGAUGUUGUUCAGUCUCAUGGUGCCGUCUUCGUGGAAAACGCGUCCCUGUCCACCCCUAUUACAGCCCCUCAGUUCAGGGGGUUCCGGAGAGCCAGUGAGAUCAGCAUUGCCAGCCAGGUCUCAGGAAUGGCAGACAGUUACACUGCUUCCAACAUAGCCAACAAAACCAAAACUCAUCUUAACCAUUGCAAAGGUUUUAGCCUCCUGUCCCUCCUUGCCCUCCCUCACAAAUCCCCUACCCAGACCUCAUCCAAAAGGCAUAGACAGCUCAAACCCGAAAUGCCACAGAGUCCCUUAGGACGAAGGUUCGAGGGGCCGUCGAGUCAGGAUCCGGACUGUGCGCUACAGACCCCCGACCUGGAUCUUGCACAAGUUGCUGCCAAGUGGUGGGGAACAAAAAGAAUAGACUAUGCUCUGUACUGUCCCGAUGCUCUGACAGCCUUUCCGACUGUCGCCUUACCCCACCUCUUCCAUGCCAGCUACUGGGAAUCCACAGAUGUCGUCUCCUUCCUGCUGAGACAGGUGAUGAGACACGAGAACUCGAGCAUCUUGGAGCUGGAUGGAAAGGAGGUCUCGGUGUUCACUCCAUCAAAGCCCAGGGAGAAGUGGCUGCGCAAGAGGACACACGUGAAACUCCGGAACGUCACAGCCAACCACAGAAUAAACGAUGCCAUUGUCAACGAAGAUGGGCCCCAGACUUUGACAGGAAGGUUCAUGUAUGGCCCUCUGGACAUGGUCACACUCACUGGGGAAAAGGUGGACAUUCAUAUCAUGACCCAGCCGCCAUCCGGGGAGUGGAUUUAUUUUGACACCGAAAUCAGCAACAGCAGCGGCAGGAUUUCUUACGUUAUCCCUGAGAACAAGCGCUUGGGGAUUGGCGUAUAUCCCAUCAAGAUGGUGGUCAGGGGGGACCACACGUUUGCAGACAGCUAUAUCACAGUUCUGCCCAGGGGGACGGAGUUUGUGGUCUUCAGCAUCGACGGCUCCUUUGCCGCCAGCGUGUCAAUAAUGGGCAGCGACCCCAAAGUCCGAGCGGGAGCGGUUGACGUAGUAAGGCACUGGCAAGACCUUGGCUACCUCAUUAUCUACGUCACAGGGCGACCUGACAUGCAGAAGCAAAGGGUGGUGGCGUGGUUAGCACAGCACAAUUUCCCCCACGGGAUAGUCUCGUUCUGCGAUGGGCUCGUCCAUGACCCGCUGCGGCACAAAGCCAACUUCCUGAAAUCCCUCAUUACGGACCUCCACAUGAAGAUCCACGCAGCAUAUGGAUCCACUAAGGACAUUUCCGUCUACAGCUCCAUUAAUUUGCCCCCUACGCAUAUAUACAUUGUUGGCCGACCAACCAAGAAGCUACAGAGUCAGUGUCAGUUCAUUACGGAAGGGUACGCGGCCCACCUCGCCCAGCUGGAGUAUAACCACCGCUCCCGGCCGGCCAAGAACACCACCCGAAUGGCCCUGAGGAAAGGCAGCUUCGGUCUCCCCGGCCAGACCGAAUUUCUGCGCAAGAGGAACCACCUGCUCCGCACCAUCUCCUCGCAGCCCGUGGGGGCGAGCGGGGCCGGCCACCGGCCCGAACGCACGCAGAGCCAGUCGGACAGUGACAAGGAGAGGGAGCGGGAGCGCAGCCAAAGAAGCAUGAGCAUUGCCACGGGGUGCUGGGGCCGGAGCGCGGUGAUCAAACUGGAACCUGGCGUUUUGGGUCAGAAGUAGAGCCGGAGGGAAGCCAGCAGCGGUCGGCCACGGCCGCCAGAGGAGGAAACAAAAGGAAGGAGGGACAAGGCCAGCGGUGUGGGCCAGAAGGGUAAAUAUGGUGCUACUCUCUAACAACACGGUGUUUGGGGAGGAAACGAGGACGUGUUUCCCACAUGGAACGUGCAGGCCUUAACACGGGGCAUGGGGUUCGUGGGGCACCAGCCCGAGAAACCAUUUGACACUAGGGAUCUGAGGAGAAAAAGAAAACAGACAGUCUCCAGGUCAAGACCUCGUGCUCUCCUGCCUCCUCCUUUUAUCCAGGUUUAGUGACUGUAUAUAUGUGCCUCCUCACCUUCGUAGCCAUCGUUCAGAUACACGUGACUGAGUGCGAUCCUCAGUGCCGUGGGGGGCGGCGGGGGGCAGGCCCGGCGGAGCGUCUCGUGGUGGUGGUCCCGUUAUCUGGACUGAGACGCAGCUGAACUGCAGCACUCCUGUUUUGUAAGCAUGCCGCUGCCAAGGCAGAGACGCGUGAGCAAGGGGCUUCUCCUGCGUUGGAUGGAGCGGUCAAGCGCUUUACGUGUAUCGAGAGCAUAGAAUUUAUCCCCGUUCUAUCCAGGAGCACAUGCCUCGGCAAAGCGUUAGCGGCAUGUCUCAGCCUGCUGGGUGGAACAGUCUGUCGGCAGGUUCGUGCUCAAGGAAGUGGGGUCCUUGGUUUUCAUUCUCUUUUUUUUAUUUUUAAAGACUCAUUUUGGAAGCUGAUGUAACUUGUCGCAUUGACCUAUUGCAAAAGAAUACAAGCUAUUUUAUUUUAGCUGUUAAAAACCUCAGCCACUUAAAUUACUGUAUAUUAAAUCCUCCAGAUAUUACUGCUGUAUAUGAUUUAAAAAAUGAACCACCAUCUAUUCCCAAGGGACCGCAAAGGGUGCGGCAGCUAGAUUGCACUGCAGUUCGUGUCAUUGCAAUGCAGGGUCCAAAUCUUUCACCCCGCCCCACCCGAGACCUUUCUUUUUUCCAGGUUCUCCCCAAGUCCAGCAGCAGCUUUCACGGGAAUUCAACUCGCUUCUUCUAAUGGUAGUUAUUCAACUGUAAAACCUCAUUGUUUUUGCACUGAUAAUUUUUAGAAUGGAGACCUGUUACCAUCUCAUGUAGCUACACCUCGCUGUUUGUAGUGCAUGACAAUUAAGUAUAGCUAAGCCAGGGUGUAUAUAUACCUAGAAUUUUUUGUGCAAAAGUUUUUCAGCAGUAAGGAGACUGGAAGGAAGUGUGCCAGCAGAGUCGUGCAAGCAAAGGAAAAGGCCAUAUCUUAAUUUUCCCAGCUCUGCGGUUGGCGAGUGUGUCUGAGCUAACACCGCCCUGAACUCGCAUCGUGGUGUGUCUCGUGCGGAGUACAACGCAAGGGGCUGGGAGUGCUGCAGAGGUGGCAGGCGCAGGCUGCAGGGCAGCGCGUUGCGUUGCGUUGCUUCCCAGCACCCCCUAGCGACCGCCGCGGAAAAGGAGAUGAUCAGCCAGAAGGUACAGAACAAGGGAGCGUCAUUUAACAGGCAGCAGGGAACGGUGCCUAGCAUGAAAGCCCCGCUAGCCCUGCCUCUCCUUGGUCAGACCAGCCAUGAUCCUGGAUUUCCAGCCUUGGUGAAGGACGCUGGCUCCUUCUUGCACACACCAGCCAAGGAACAGGAAAACCCUUCUGAGGAACCCGGGGCUCCCACGUAGAGGUCACCACGGGCUGAUUUCACGUGAAGAUUUUAUAUUAGUUCUGGGUUCGUUGGCUAAGUGCCCACCCCCGCUUCCCUCUGCCACAGGACCCUGUGUUUGUAUCGCUUUCUACUUACAAGAACCUUAUUGAGAACAAGAAGACUUUUUUUAGACUGGCUGCUUCACUUUCUUAACUCUUUCAAUCCUACGUGCAGCUCUUCUGCACCGAGACGCACAGCACUGUGAACACUGCUCUGCUCGCUGGCUCGGAGCCUGGUAGGCAAACAACUCAUGCAAGCAUCCCAAAUCGAUCCCAUGACUUCUGAGGCCUCAAGCUUCAGGACUGACUUAGAGUCCGCGCUCGGUCCACGCGGUGGUGGAGUAAGAGCAGCUCUUCGCUACCGAGAACAUCCACGUGGAGGGAGCUUCGAAAAAACAGAAAACCCACCACAAACACAGUGCAUCUUUCUCACAUGUAGGUAGUCUGACCGUCGUCUGAAGCCACUCAUGUUUGAUAAGUACUAUGCUACAGAACAUACCUACUGGUUUUUACUACUGAAAAACUGACUUCCCUUUCUCGUGACUCAGCCUAGCUACCUUGAAUGUACGUCCAAAGCUACUGGAUUUAAAAAUAAAAAACCAUCGUAGCGUUUUGCUAGCUGAAUAUUGACCUCUGCCGUAGACGCCGGCCGCAGCCCCUCCUGUGAAGCAUCCAAAGCAGGGUCACAGCAUAUUUUCAAAUUUGGAUAUGGCCUUUACGAAGUUUUAAUCUUCCUCUGAAAGCAGAGUCCACAAAGCGAGGCAUGACAUGUACAUUUUUCAGAACGCAGGUGAGAUUUUUCUGGUGUGUAGAUAGUGUAAAGCGGAGGCUCAUGUAAAUGUUACAAAGUGGGUAUAUACAAAGUGAAAGUUAUUUAUUUUAUGUAGAGAAAACACAAUGUCUGGAGGGAAGGGAACCUUCAGGGUUUAUUAAUAUUUAAAAAAAAAAUGUAGCUUUUUUGUUUCAGGCAUUAUGUACAAAGCAAUUAUUUUAUGGACCAAGUUUAAUGUAACUGUCAAUGAAUGCAGAAGUGCAAUAUUCCAAUCACCUCGUCAUCGCUCUGUAAUUGAAACAAAUCGGGAAGACUGACAAUCAUAGCACCUCCGUUCUGACCCUUUGUUAAGCUUCUUGAAUUUCCCACCCCUCCUUUCUUGGUUUCCACUGUACGAAUCCAUACGGAGAAGCAAUCGUAGAGCAGAAUCUUUGUUCGUCACUGCAAUAAUAUCAGCUGAUGUGGGUAUGUAUGACCAGGAAACACGCCACUAAGGGGUUUUUUCCACCCGUUCAGUGCAUUAGCGUUCCACAUGAAUCUAUCUUCACAAACAUCCCCAUCUUGCAUUUCUAUAGCUGAAGCAAAGAUCAACAUUAUUACUACUCUGACAACAAUAGCAAUAGUUCACCUUUGUGUUUAUAAACUGUUUGUCCUGAAACGUUUUGGAGAGUCCCGUUCUUGUUAAAGGGACGCUGUCAGGUGAAAGGCCGUCUUUGCCAUUGGUACCAGUAACUUUAGGUUCAAGCUUCAAGAAAUUAUUGGAAGCAUAUCGCCCGCUUCGCUCGUUAUGCAUUUGUCAGCUCAGCCAAUGAAAAAAAAAAUACUAGUUUUACUAAAUAGCACUUCCUAGGUCUCGCUCACUAGCACAACACUGCAAUACUUGUACUGCAGGCACUGCACAGGAUUAUUGGGCUGGGGGAUUUUUUUGUUAAAUGGCUUCCACGGGAACCGAGCUUUCAAGGAAACGUUUCUGUGUAUUUUAGGCUUUAUAAAAAGCAGCUUUUUUAUAUCAUCCAAAUGUCGGAUUGGAAUUGUUUUUUGCUUUAACCUGACACUGCCCCUUUAAACCAACCCCAAACUUUUCACUUUGGUUCCUUCCUUUCUUCUUUUGCUAACUCCCGAGUUUAAAAAAGGCAAAGUUUUAAUACCAAAAACGUUUACAGUGUUAGAAACCGCGUGAGAGGCAAACCAGUAACUAACCAAAGGGUUACUAGCAAGCUCCUGCUCCUCCCACAAGAAACCUGCACUUAGGUUAUAGCCCCUGCUCUUCAGGUAUCUUCGCCUUUGCCACAUUUUCCUAUUAGUUCUAGAAGCCUUACAUUUCUCCUCCCUCUGGAUGUCGCUAUCCUUGACUGUCGAUUUUCUAUUCAACGAUGUUCGUUACAUUUUAUUUAUAAAUACUCGUUUAAGGGAAACGGGUUGGGGAAGGGGGAAAUCUUCUUCCUGGCUUGAUCUGCAAGAGGGACAGAUACCUGCAUACCGCCAGGGAACUGGUUAGACCCGAGUCUACUUCAUCCUGGUUUUCAUUCUGUGUAUUCUGUCGUGUGUGAUGAUACUGUUAAGAUCUUAACUUGCUCGUAUGUGACGGCCCAUACCUACCGUACCACUUCCUUCUCCUCCUUGCUGUUAGCGCAUUGUUCUAAUGCCUGGGUGUGCUUUGUGUACAGUAUCAUUGUACGUUACACAGAUUAAAGAAAUGGGAAGGCGA